AUGGAGGAGGUCAUAGAAGCACAUAAUACCCUGGUGGAUGCCUACACCACGUUCCAGACUCAUAUACCGCAACUGGAGAUAAAAGUGGUGGAUCUAGAAGAUAGGGCCCGCAGAAACAAUAUCUGUCUGCGUGGCAUCUCUGAGGAUGUAAAACAACCUGACCUAAGAGACUAUGUCACCCAGCUCUUCCAUGCACUGCUACCGGAGGCUUCAGAGCAUGAUUUACAAUUAGACAGAGUCCACAGGGUGAUGAAGCCCAGAAGCCUCCCAGCAGCAGUACCGAGAGAUGCAAUUGUAAGGGUAGAUUUCUACACGGUAAAAGAGAGGCUGAUGAUGGCGCGGGAUGCACAGAAUCUAGGAGAGCGCUUCAAGGGCAUCCAACUAUAUACCGACUUGUCACCAGCGACAAUGGCUAAAAGAAGAGCUCUUGGCCCUAUCACCAAGGCACUCAGAGAGCUGUCCAUACCAUACAAAUGGGGCUUUCCGACACGCCUAAUCACACGGAGGAAUAGAGUGGAGAUGGUGUUUCUCAGCCCGGUGGAAGGGAGAAACGGGCUGGCGCAAUGAAACAUUCCCCUGCCACAGAUGGAGUCGGCGGAAAAAUCUGCCCCCACCCACCCAUCUUGAGUAGCUGGAGACUGGCACAGAAUUGA